AUGAACUCGAGCGAUCUGUUCACGUUCUUGGACGAUGCUGCUCCGGAAAUAGACGAUGUAGACAUGGGAUCUGGGACCUCGGAGACGCAGCCGGAAAGCUCGCGGAAGCGCAAAGCCGACUUGCCAGGACGAAUUCGCUCUCCUUCGCCACAAGAGGACGUCAAAACUGAGAACGUAGAAUCAGUCACUCCCCCUAAGAAGCCGCGCUUGGGGUCGCCAAAACCCAUCGUUGUCGAUGAAGUCGAGAUAGAGGCAAAGCGAGAGGUUGCCGCCAGUGCAGGCCUGACAGGCGCAGUUGAAGCUGGGUCGCGUUUGGAGCUUAGACAUCAGGUCCGGCAUCAAGUCGCAGUACCACCAGCAUAUCCUUAUGUUCCCAUAUCAAACCAUGUUCCCCCGUCAAACCCUGCUAGGGAGUACAAAUUUACUCUGGAUCCCUUCCAGCAAGUAUCUGUAUAUGCCAUCCAACGGAAUGAGAGUGUUCUGGUGUCUGCACAUACGAGUGCAGGAAAAACUGUCGUAGCUGAGUAUGCUAUUGCCCAAUGCUUGCGGAAUAAACAACGUGCAUUGAGCAACCAAAAGUAUCGUGAAAUGCUAGCCGAAUUUGGAGAUGUUGGUUUAAUGACAGGAGAUGUUACUAUCAACCCUUCCGCAACGUGUCUGGUAAUGACCACGGAAAUUCUGCGCUCCAUGCUGUAUCGUGGCUCAGAAAUCAUGCGUGAAGUAGCGUGGGUGAUUUUCGACGAGAUCCACUAUAUGCGGGACAAAGAGCGUGGCGUUGUUUGGGAGGAAACUAUCAUCCUUUUGCCCCAUACAGUGCGCUAUGUCUUUCUCUCUGCCACCAUCCCCAAUGCGAUGCAAUUCGCAGAGUGGAUUUGCAAGUCUCAUGAGCAACCAUGUCACGUCGUCUAUACCGAUUUCCGGCCGACACCAUUACAACAUUAUCUUUUCCCUGCAGGUGGCGAAGGAAUUUACCUCGUCGUAAAUGAGAAGAGUGAAUUUCGAGAAGACAAUUUCACCAAAGCGAUGGGUAUGCUGCAGGACAAGAUGGGCGACGAUCCUGCCGACCCAAAAAGUGGUAGAGGGAGAAAGGGAAAGUCUAAGAAAGGAGGGGAAAAGAAAGGUCCUUCCGAUAUUCAGAAGAUUGUGAAAAUGAUCAUGCUAAAGAACUACAACCCUGUGAUCAUUUUCGCCUUCAGCAAGCGGGAAUGCGAGGGGCUGGCCUUGACGAUGUCAAAAUUGGAGUUCAACGCUACCGAAGAGCAAGAAAUCAUCACCAAUAUAUUCAACAACGCAAUGGACAACCUGUCCGAGGACGAUCGCAAGUUGCCACAGAUCUCGAAUCUGCUUCCGCUGUUGAAGCGUGGAAUUGGUAUACAUCACGGCGGUCUCUUACCUAUCCUCAAGGAGGUCAUCGAGAUUCUCUUCCAGGAAGGUCUAAUUAAAGUCCUCUUUGCGACUGAAACCUUCUCCAUUGGGCUGAACAUGCCCGCCAAAACGGUCGUCUUCACUGCAGCACGCAAGUUUGAUGGUCGCGAGUUCCGUAACCUCUCAUCUGGGGAAUAUAUCCAAAUGUCGGGACGUGCAGGUCGGCGAGGUCUCGACGACCGUGGAGUCGUUAUCAUGAUGUGCGACGAGAAGCUGGAGCCGACUGCUGCGAAGGGGAUGAUCAAGGGUGAGGCAGACCGAUUGGACUCAGCCUUUCACCUGGGAUAUAACAUGGUGCUCAACCUCAUGAAGGUCGAGGGCAUCAGCCCUGAGUAUAUGCUGGAGCGCUGCUUCUUUCAAUUCCAAAGCAGUAUGGGCAUUCCGGUACUUGAAGAUGAACUACGGCGCGAAGAGGAGCGAAAAGAGUCGUUUGUCAUCGCAGACGAAGAGCUAGUGUCUGAGUAUUAUGAUUACCGGCAACAACUUGACCAAAUGACCGCCGAUUUCAACGAGGUCAUCACGCAUCCUACUUACAGUCUUCCCUUCCUACAGCCGGGACGUUUGGUGAAAGUCAAAUAUAAGACAUUAGACUUUGGCUGGGGUGCUGUUAUCAACUUCCAGAAACGGUUACCACCGAAAAAUUCGCCGGUUCCAGACGAAUUACCGCCUCACGAACAGUACAUUGUAGACGUUGCACUGUACUGUGCGACGGGUUCGAGUCCCCCGAAAGACCGGAGCAGUAUCGCUGCAACGCCCAUAAGUAUUCAGCCGUGUCCUGCUGGGCAGAAAGGAGAGCCCCUCGUUGUGCCAGUGCUGUUAUCAACAAUACAUGCUCUCAGUCGAUUGCGUAUUCACUUGCCCAAAGACUUGCGCUCUCAGCAGCCAAGAGAAACUGUCUGCAAAAGUGUGCAAGAAGUCCAGAGCCGAUUCCCGAAGGGUAUCCCCCUUCUUGAUCCCAUCCAGGAUAUGGAUAUCAAGGAUGAGAAAUUCAAGGCGCUGGUUAAGAAAAUUGAUCUCAUGGAGCGCAAGCUGUUUUCGAGUCCUCUCCAUAAGGACCCGAGACUAUCAGAGCUGUACACGCAGUUCGUUCGGAAGCAAGAGUGUCAGACGCAUAUACGGGAGCUCAGGAAGCGCAUACAGGCUACCAACGACGUGUUGCAGAUGGAAGAGCUUAAAUGCCGGAAGCGAGUACUGAGACGGCUAGGCUUCACGACGUCAGCCGAUAUCGUCGACAUGAAAGGCCGAGUUGCCUGCGAAAUUAGCACAGGCGAUGAGCUACUACUGACCGAGCUGAUCUUCAAUGGCGUCUUCAACCAGCUUUCACCGGAACAGUGCGCCGGGCUCUUAAGCUGUUUUGUAUUCACCGAAAAGAGUGAACAAAUCACCAAGCUCAAAGAGGAACUGGCUGCCCCGUUGCGGGUGAUGCAAGAAAUCGCCCGGCGAAUAGCAAAGGUGUCGAAAGAGUCCAAGCUUCCCAUCAACGAGGAAGACUAUGUACUCAGUUUCAAAGUGGAGCUUAUGGAUGCCGUCGUACAAUGGUGCAGAGGUGCAUCAUUCGCUGAGAUUUGCAAACUGACCGAUCAAUUUGAAGGCAGCCUUAUCCGCGUGUUCCGACGGUUGCAGGAGCUUAUUCGACAAAUGAGCCAGGCAGCAAAGGUCAUCGGCAACACGGAGCUGCAAGAAAAGUUUGACAAGGCAUCAGAGAUGCUCGAACGACCAAACUCUGUGAUCUUCUACUAUGACCUGUUGGAACUACCCAGUUACCACUUCGCAAAUCAAGCUGCAAUUGUUAGCGACUGCCGCCUUGAGGCCGUUCAAAACGCACUGGAGGACUUCUUUACGCCUCACGUCCUCCUCUUCGAUAAUUGUGUCGUUAAGUUUAACCAAGGGGGCCUCCUUGACGAAGGCAACAUUUAUGCUUUCGUCUAUGCGGCAUUCAAGAGCUCUCCGAACGCAUCGCGUGUCCCAGAGGUCUAG